AUGAAAAAUAUUAUCAUUAUCGCUUUGUGUCUUAUUGGUGCAGCCAAUUGUUUUGUGCCCGGUGGUUUCUUCCCCGUGUCUAUAGAUGAUCCUCAGGUAGUUAAUUUAACCUCCAAGGCUGUUGAAUAUCACAAUCAAAUUUCCAACAGCGCUAAUUAUAAGAAAUUAGUUAGAAUUCAAAAUGCUCAAGCUCAAGUUGUCGCUGGAUCUAAUUAUGAGAUCACUUUUAUCGUUGGUUUCACCGAUUGUGCCAAGUCCAAUAUUACCGGAAAAACUUGUAAUUUAUCAGCAAACACAAUUCCAGAGGAAUGUACUUACAGAAUCUUAGUACCACUAAAUAACCAAGUUGAAAUCACCCGAGGCGAUUGUAAACUAACACAAGCACCAACCAUUGCACCCGUUUGA